UCCCUUCGUCGAAGUCAUUUAGAUCCUGCCAUUAAUUACAUUCUGAUACUUGUUAAGUAACUACUGGUAAUCUCAAAUAUAUCGACAAGUGUCGUCCGACGAGGAUGACAUGUGGGUUCUAAACUUGUGUUUGGUGUGUGAUGGAAUGUGGAUAUGCCAUUCUUUAAAUGACAACAUUUGUCACUAAGGGUUGUGCUGGUAGUGUUUGGUUGCUCAUCUCCCCAUUAAGCUUUGAACGUUCCACCACCACCUUAGUACGCUCUCACAUGACAUAAAUAUGUGACGUGAAAUGUCUAGUACAAAAGGAACAUGUGCAUAGAACACUGAGUACUUGUCUAGAAAUAGUAAAGUGGGAGAGGAGGAGGAUGACAUUAGAAGAGAGACAGAGAUUUGGGUUUACUUAUAUGAACUGAUCUUAUAUAUUGUUGUGAUCACAAUGAAAAUGACAAAGAUUUGAUGUGAUUCUAAUCAUUAUUAAGGUUUUUUUUUUUACGUUGAAGAUAAACACAACUACUGCUUCAAUCAUGGUUAGAGGAGAUGGAGGAAGGAGAUUACCAUCUAAAGGGUUAACCAAAUCAUGUAUUCUGGUCAUUGUGGUGGCUGGUGUGGAGAGGUUUGCGUUCAAAGGGGUUGCGUCGAAUCUUGUUACGUAUCUGACGGAGGUGUUGAAGAUGAGCAAUUCAGCAGCGGCAAAAACAGUAAACAGUUGGGCUGGAAUUUCGUUCUUGUUGCCGUUGUUAGGAGCAUUUCUUGCAGACUCCUAUUUGGAUAGAUAUUCUACCAUUUUGGCCUCUUCUGUUCUCUAUGUUGCUGGACUGGUGGCAUUGACAUCAACAGCACUUGUGUGGGAAUGGAUAGCUAAGAGUAGUCAUGACCAUGAAAAGACUAGUUCAAAUCCAUGGUCUUCUUUCCCACUGUUUUUGUCUCUCUUUUUGAUCGCUUUAGGACAAGGCGGAUACAACCCGUGUUUGCAAGCCUUUGGAGCAGAUCAACUUGAACUUAGGAAAAAUGAGACUCGGCUGAAACAGUUGCCAACUUCAAAUAACCCUAAAGAUGGUGAUGCAGAUGAUGAUGAAAAUGCUUCUUAUGAGAAGAUGAAAAGUAUGUUCUUUAAAUGGUGGUAUUUUGGUAUAGUUAUCGGGAGUUUGCUAGGCGUAUCUCUAAUGUCCUACCUUCAAGAUACUUUUGGUUGGGGAAUAGGCUUUGCUAUUCCUUCCAUUGCCAUGGCUAUGUCUGUUGCUCCUUUCACAUGUGGAACUAGGUUUUAUACAAUUACCGAAGAACAACCCAAGUCAGAUAGAGGAAGCACUGCACCCAUGAUAAAAAACUUAGUGAACUACAUCAAGGGUGCUGCACAGAAGUUAAUGCAUCGCAAUUAUGCCACCUUGCCAACAAAUCUGUCCGAGGCAGUCGAACUUGAGCUUCAGCAGGAACCACUAUGUAGCCAGCAUUCUGGUGAUCUGCGGUGCAGCAACACGGGAAACAAGCCUAACGGUGCAGUACCAGUAGUUGAUACAGUUGAAGAUACGGGAUCUAUAUUAAGACUAAUGCCAAUAUGGGGGAUGCUAUUAGUGUUUGCAAUCAUCUUUCAACAACCCGCAACUUUCUUCACUAAACAAGGCAUGACAAUGAAGAGAAACAUCGGUAACCAUUUUAUGAUCCCUCCAGCAACAUUGCAGAGUGCGAUAAAUGUUUCUAUAAUUCUUUUAAUGCCUUUAUACGACAAACUAGUAACUCCAGUUUAUCGGUUUAUUACCGGAAGUGACAAGGGGAUUAAUGUGAUGCAAAGGAUGGGUUUUGGUAUGUUUUUGUCAGUAAUUGCUAUGUCAAUUGCCGCAGUUGUCGAGACAAAAAGACUUGAAAUUAGUAGAAGAGAACCAAGCAUCAGUCCUGUUCCAUUAUGCAUCUUCUGGUUACUGCCCCAGUAUAUCAUCUUGGGUAUUUCGGAUGUUUUCACCGUUGUUGGUAUGCAGGAGUUCUUCUACAGCGAAGUCCCUAAUAAGAUGAAAACAAUGGGCAUGGCUUUACAUUUAAGUGUUUUUGGUGUUGGAAGUUUCCUUAGCGCAAUCUUAAUAUCGUUCAUCGAGCUUGUUACAAGUGAUAAAGACGGAAAACAUAGUUGGUUCUCGGAUGAUAUGAAUGAGGCACAACUAAACAACUACUACUGGCUAUUAGCAUUCGCUUGCGCAUUGAGCUUGUUUCUCUUUGCAAGUUAUUCGCAUAAAUAUUACAACAAGUAGGUGAGUUGAAAUACAGUAAGAUUGCAAAUAAAGUUUAGUUGAUUCAGUUUGAGAGUAGUUUUACUUCCUUUUGCUGGCAUUUGGGUAGUUUUAUAGUGAGUUUUACGAGUAACAUUUGUACAUAAACAUUUUAGUAUUAUUGUUGAUGCUUUUUGGAGAGUUUAUGAUAAAAAAAGAAAGAUGUUUUGUGAUAGGGA